AUGAAUCAGAAAUCUCGAGACCAGGCUAGCUUACAAAUACGCAUAGACUUUGUUGACAAGGACACAGCUAUAGCACAACAAUGUCAAGAGUUUCUGAAACAAUGCAUAAACUUUAUAUCGACGAACAUUUCAAUCAAACAACGAGUCACAUUAGUAUUCACAUUCAUACUCUUAUAUUUUAUACUGUUCGGUGGCUCGGGAGUUGAUGUACAGGACGGGCAGCCGUUUUUGGCUUCACCUGAGGAAGUGGAUCCUUUGGCCAACGUGUUUCCAACUGAAGGAGAUGGAAUGGCCACGGCUAUUUUAUUGAAUUGGUCAAGAUUAGAAAACUUGAAAAUUAUUGUAAAGCAUUUGUGUCGUUAUAGUAUGUUUAAGGAGAUCAUUAUUUGGAAUAAUAAUGUUCAGGUGCAUUUGACCGAUCAGAUUUUCGCCGAAGUCCAAUGUCCCAAAAUCCGCAUCUACAACUCGCCUGGUAACAUGCACUUUAUCGCUCGUUACAUAGCAUGCACAAUGGCUACCACGGAGUAUUGCUACUUCCAAGAUGACGAUUGGAUAAUAAACCACAUGCGAGCGUUUUAUGCAAACUUUUUGAGGUUUCCGCAUUUAGUGCAUACAGAUACAAAUGCAGAUGUUUAUUCUUUAACCAACUGGAAGUGGUGCUUUUUUGAUGACCCCGUGAAUCUCCAUGUCUGUUUCUCCUGGGUUGGCACAGGCGCCUUUGCAUCUCGCGAAAACGUUAUCCGCUUUCUUAAAAUGGCUGCAGUUACCGAAAUGGAUCCAACAGAAUUCGCAUAUGGCGACAUGUAUUUUACAACAUACAUGAACCAAGUUCCCUAUCAAUUAGAGAAUGAACUCACCGAACUUCCUCAGGAAUUUGCUUUUUCUGCCGGUGAAGGACGUAUCCGGAAUAAAAUAUAUAUGCACAGGGCCCUGAUUAGACUAUAUGAUCAUUUGGGGAAAAACACGACGCCAUUCGAGAAGCUCGAGCACUAUCCAAAGAUUUAUCAGAGAGAUGCUAGAUCGCCAUGUUCUAAUGAUAGAUGUUUGUUUCUGACGAACAAGCAUUCGUUUCCUGAUGUUAAGCUGUUUAGGUAUAAGCCAUAUAUCAACAUAAGUGAGAGUGAGCAGAUACAUGAGAGUUAUUACAAGACACAGCACUUUAUAGAGUUUCCGUAUUCGCAUGCCGUUGAUGGAAAGGAUUGGACCGCAUGGAAGUCUAAAGAAAAUAUUCAUGCGAACGAUUAUAUAGGCCUAGAUCUUCUACUUCAGAUGCAUGUCCCUCUUACAUUUCAUCUUGUAGUAGAUCAUAAGAACGAGUAUUUCGGUACCCAGUCGGUUGAGAUUUCAAAUGAUGGUCUUAAUUGGGUCAAACAAUCGUCAGUCCCAAUUGAUAUACAUAAAGUAUCACGAACAUCCGAUGGCAAAAAAACGCCUGUAAUCUCUGCUACAUUCCAUAUACAGAACACCGGGUUUAGAUUUGUUAGGGUAUUAAGCAAUCGUAACUUUGACUUUGGUUAUGGAGUUUAUGAUUUCUCGUUUCAUGCAGACAUGAAGAGCAUACAAAAGAAACCAUAG